UAUCAACAUUCACGGUCGGAAGUAUACGAAAGAUGGGUACACACCAUUAUCAUGCGGGGACGCCCCGUUAAUCUCCGCGACUUCCUAGCGUUCCUCAGCGUCCAAGGUCUAGAGGAGGAAAACGCUGAUAAAGGUAGGAAUAAUGAUGCUAAAUCUAAAUUAGACCUAGAUAACACGCGGUUAGAUUAAUGAAGGAUUUACUUUCGGUGAUGAUCUUGUUUUUUCCUCUCUUAACAAAAUAGAUGCUCUCAAAAGGAGUAGUUAGCAUGCACUGUUUAUACCAAUUCGUGCAGAUAAAUUUCACAUAUACGUGCAAGUUGUGAACAAGAUGUCAUAGGAUACGCACCUGAAGUGAUUUUUAAUGGAAGUGGCUCUUUCAACUACUACAACUUCAAGUGAUGAAUUUUGAAAAAGAAAGAAAAAAGAAACAAUUACAUUGAGAAAACAAUACUUUCGAAAUUAAAAAAAAGUUUGACCAUAGUUGUCAAGUUACAAGGUGGACAUUCAAGGAUAUAUGUGAUUUUCAAACAACUGAAAUGACGAACAAACAAAUUCAGACUAGGCUGAUUUGGAUACUUAUCUUUGUCUGUAGCUCUGCUGGGCUGAGGGUUUUCGAUAGUUGCGAUGAAGACGGUUCUAGCUGUCCUACAGGGUCACGAUGUAUGUGGAAAAGAUGCGAGGGCAAGAGAUGUAUCUGUGAAAAAAAUUUACUACCAUCAGUUGAUAACUCUAGAUGUGUCAAAGAAACACCACUUGGUGAAAAAUGUCAGAAAGAUUCAAUGUGUAUGGGCCAGCCGUUGAGUGAAUGCCGCCUCAACACGAACUGUACAUGCCUUGAAGGCUACAGACCAUCAGUAAAUGGCAAAUACUGCGUCCUGAUCAUGAAGGGUAAAGUAACAGCCGCAGAAUACGGACAAUUCUGUGAUAAUGAGAAAUUCAGCUGUUUCCCUGACGAUCUGCGGUGCUUCAACAAAAAAUGUGCGUGCGAACCAGGCUUUCGGCUGGCCACAACGGAGGAAAUAUAUGCCGACCCAUACAGUAUAAGAUAUUGUAGACCGGAAUCUUUUAAACUAGGCGUACCUGUAAAUGUCACUGGAACUGAAUGUCAAAAGCAAGACUUUUCAACAAUCAGCAAAAUCAGUGUGCCUGUGUCUACACCUAGCACGACUUCGACUACACGAAACACAACACCGACUUCGACAACACCAAAGACAACGUCGAUCACGACAACACCUAGCACAACAUCACUUUCGACAACUCCAAGCACAACGUCGACUUCGACAACACCUAGCACAACAUCAACUUCGACAACUUCAAGCACAACAUCAUCUUCGACAAUACCAAGCACAACAUCAACUUCGACAACUUCAAGCACAACAUCACCUACGACAACACCAAGCACAACAUCUACAACACCAAGCACAACAUCAACUUCGACAAUACCAAGCACAAUAUCAACUUCGACGACACCUAGCACAACAUCAUCUACGACAACACCAAGCACAACGUUGACUUCGACAACAACUAGCACAACAUCAGCUUCGAUAAAACCAAGCACAACGUCGAUUUCGACAACACCAAGCACAACAUCAACUUCGACAACUUCAAGCACAACGUCAACUUCGACAACACCUAGCACAACAUCAAUUUCGACAACACCAAGCACAACAUCAACUUCGACAAAACCAAGCAUAACAUCAAUUUCGACAACACCAAGCACAAGAUCAACUUCGACAACUUCAAGCAUAACGUCGACUGUGACAACACCAAGCACAACAUCAACUUCGACAACACCAAGCACAACAUCAGCUUCGACAACUUCAAGCAUAACGUCGACAGUGACAACACCUAGCACAACAUCAACUUCGACUACAAAUGCUAAACCGUAUUUAAACUCAACGGUGAUCAGACCAGACACCACAACAGCUGGAAUUGGUGAUAAAUGCCAUAACAGAAAAUGUCAAGUCCAUUCUGAAUGUGUAAUGGACGCUUGUGAUGUUGAAAGAUGUCGCUGUGAACUGGGGUAUGCCAACAGUGCUGACGGAAAAUCUUGCUGGAAACUUGCAGCUUUAGGCGAAGAAUGUGCUUCCGAGAGGAUCUGCCAAGGUCAAAAAACACAGUGUGGUGACAAAGGAGUUUGUGAAUGUGAAGAUGGAUAUGAAACCAGCGAUUCUGGGCGUUGGUGUAGACUGAAGACUAGCUGGUUCAUUGAUUUUCCUGUGGUAGGGGAGGAGUGCAGCGGUGGAUUCUUCUCACAGUGUUAUAUGCAGUUCGAGCAGACAUGUGUCAGUGGGAAGUGUAGGUGUAAAGAUGGAUUCCGGGAGAUCGUUGAUAAACACGACAUGGAUGCAGUUUAUCCUGAUAUUGUCCAAUGUAGAAAUGAAACAUACAAAACAGGGAAAAGAGAAGAAAUGCUUUGCCUUCAUCAGUCUAGAGAAACCCGUGAAUAUGACAUGUAUGAUAGAGCAAAAACAAAAAUCCGGAAGAUUCAAGGAGCUAUAAUUGGUGGAUGUGUUGGCUUUGUGGCUUUGUUAGGGAUUGUGAUAAGCGUUGUAGCACUAGUCAGGUGGAAAAGAAAGGGGAGACGGGAAGCGAUCAGAGACACUUCAUCGACGGCUUCAACUGACGCUACAUCCAGAUAUUCGUUCAAGAUUCCAAGACCAUUUACUCAUUUUGUUGGUGCCAAAGACUACGAUUCUACGCAAAUUGCCUACCCAAAUCCUGUUUUUGAUAAAGAAGAAGAACGAGCUCUUCCUAAUGAACCUAAACCUGAUGUUGUCAAUGUUGGAACACUUGCCAGAGAAAAUCAAAACAGACAACCCUCUAGUUGAUAUCUUGAUUUUCAUAUUUAAUGCUGCAGUCUUAUAUUGUGAUAGAUAAUGUAAAUUUACUCUAGUGCAGCUGAUCUUAGAAUAUGUAAACCAUGAUUAUGAAUGAAAUAAUGUCCCGUCACCAUUUCCGUAAUAAGGGUUUUCCUUUAUACCGGUAUCUCUAUGAAAAUAGAAUAAUAACAUCCAAGGGUGGUAGCAGGAACUGUAAAACUAUAAUUUUAGAUUCAGUGUUUUUAUAUUUUCUGGUCCUUUGGGAUCAUGGAGUCCAUUCAACAUAUGUGUAAUAGAGUUCCGCUUAAGCCGGUGCUAGGGGGCGUGAGAGGUGUUGCACUUUCCAUUACCUCUCACUUAAAGACUCAGUCAAACAGUGUCUGCUGUUGUUCUUCUUGGAUGUAUUCUUUGCUUCCAAAGGAUCUUUUUAAAGAUUUUAUUAAGUGUAUCAUCGUGACUUCUAAAAUUUUAUUUUUGUCUAUAUUUGUCAGUUGGUUAUUAUAAAUCUUUCAUGAUAUUUUAGGUAGCAUAAAAGCCACAAUUAAAUGUGACGAUGGUUAAAUUUCAUUGUUUUAUUUCUGAAAAGGUGAUUUGGUCUCGUCAGCAGAAAUUCAAGAAACACCCCUUUUCAGAUUAGAUGGAUCAUACCGUAACAAUAAUAUUAAUAGUACAUGAGAAAUCUGAAAUCUUGCUUUUUUGUAUGCUGUAUGUUUAUUGAACUAUUAGGAAAAGGAAUCUGUUAAGCACCGUUCACAAGGUAUUCAUAAUCAGUUAUGCCCUAGCGAUAUAAUUAUUAAUCAUAGCAAUCAAUGAAUCAGUGAUAAAUAUGUUCCGUGACUUCAUCUUCAAAGAAAUUGUUUUAACAAUGUCUCUUAAAUAAGCUAAAUUUAGUAUUUCAUAUUAUAUUCUGGUUGGCGAAACAAACUUCCAUUCUUAAUUAUUAAAGUGCAUGCAUGAAAUGAGUUUGUAUCAGAUGGACUUAUGAACAUUAUGACCAUACUUGGGCAUUAUGUUCAAAACUAGCGAAUUAUUUAGUCACUAUCCAGAAUUGGAAAUGAUGGAAAUUGUUCGUAUAUCUGAUUUACUUCAUGAUUUAUAUUUAGGCCACACCAAAUUGACAAGUUGUUCAUCGGAUUUUUUUUCUGAAAAAAUUGAGGCGGCGAAAAACGAAAAAAUAAUUUAAAUAUUUGUUUUUGUUUUCGAGAAAAUCAGAAGCGAGCGAAGAGUGAAGAAAUAUAUUUGUUUUGUUUCGGCUCUUGAUUAACUAGUAAAAACCUUAAAAUUGAAUGUAUAGCCCUUUUACAUUAGAAAUAAUUUACCAAGGAUUGAGAAAACAUGGUUACAUUUUGGUUUGGGUACAUUUUGACCUGCAGACGCACAACAAACCGAACUCAUGGAAAGUAAUAACAUUGGCAUACAGUUCAGUGUAAUCAAAUAAUAUAUGCGUUUGUAAAUGCUAUUAGAAAAUAUGUAUUAUACAACAAUGCAUAAGUCUACACCAGAAGAAACAAUCCCCAUAACUCUGAUUUAAAUUUUGACAGAGUUAUGCCACUUUUUAACUUACAUUUUUUUUGGUUAAAGUUUUAUAUAAUGUUUAACUAGUAUGCCCCUUUAACUGGCAAAGCUCAAAUUCAGAGUCAAGCACUGAGAAAAGUCAAGCAUGAUGUCUUAUAGACUGCUCCCUCUUGUUCUAACUUUUAAACUUUCUUAACAGAUUAAAUUUGUUAAACGAAGUCUCAAUUAAGGUCUGAAAUGGUGGUGAACGUGUAUUAACAUUGUUCUACUCGAGGACUGAAAAAAACUGAAGCUCUAAAUUGGUCUGAACACAACUCAUAAUGUAAAUUCCUUACCCACUUUCGUAUAAAAAUACUGAUCAUUUUGACAGGAAAAACAGAAAACAGAAAUGCAUCAACAUGUAUUUAACCUUACCAAAAUAAUGUAGACUGAUGUUAUCAAUUAAAUUAGUGUGUGUUUUCAUCCAAUUUUCAAUGAAAUAAGUCCGAUUUUAGUAGCAAAUUAAUUUGGUAAACAUUGGAAGAAAAUGGCGUAACUGCAUAAGGGGAAAUAACUUUAACGCAACUAAAUAUAAGUGCCCUGUAUAUUAUAGACGAAAUGUAUUAGUUGUGAUUAAAUUACAUUUUAGAACAAUCUGGGACUGGAAUUAUAAGCAUUUGUACACUGUUACGUCCGUAAAAAGUAGCGCAUAAAAAAAGUUUGCCUUGAAUUUUUUCAAUGGGGCGAGCGCAAGCCAAAAAAAAAAAAAAUAUUUUGUGUGUGUUUCUGAAAAUAUACGAGCGGCAAAUCCGAUGAACAACUUUUUAAUUUGGUGCGGCCUCAGGUAAUGAUUAAUCAAUAAUUAAAUGAUGAACAUACCAACACAUAGCAUUAGUGUAUGCCUUGUAGUUAUUGUACACACUUCAUCAAGAUCGUUAACUCAAGUGUGGAAAAUCACUAACUUACUGUCUUAAAAAGUUAUCAUUUGAAUUCCACUUGAAAUCUUUUUUUUUAGUUUCUUUGAAAUUGAGAGGCACACUUUUUCCAUUGUCAGGUGAUAUAUUUUUAUUUUAAAGUAUUUUCUUGUUGUUACAGGUGCUAGUUUUUAGUAUAUUGUAUAUUUAUAUGUGUCAUAUUAAAACGUAUUUUUUGGA